AUGUCGAAUAUUCCAUUCCCACGCUUGCAACCCACAGUCGAAACAGGCCCCAAACAGAUCCAACCGGACCUGAAUGUCAGGCUGAUUUGCCCAGACUGCAAGAACUCCGUGCCAAAUAUCAUUGAGGAGUUCGCCAGCGGCGAUCUCGUCUGCGGCGACUGCGGUCUAGUCCUCGGGGAUCGAAUUAUUGACACAAGAUCCGAGUGGAGAACUUUUGCGAAUGACGAUGGAGACGACCCUUCACGUGUCGGUGCCGCCGCGAAUCCGCUUCUUGACGGUUCGCAGUUGGACACGGUGAUCUCCAAAAGGGAUGGCGGUUCCGGAACUGCGCGAGAUCUUAACAAGGUCCACGGUCGUGCUAACGCUGUUAAGGGCGAGAAGAAUCUCCUCCAAGCUUAUCAGGAGAUCACCGCCAUGAGCGAUUCCAUCGGCUUGACCAGAAUAAUCGCCGAUAUUGCCAAGCAAUUGUACAAGCGAGUCGAGGAGGAGAAACUUUUGCGCGGUAAAAGCACCGAGUCAAUUAUUGCCGCUUGCAUAUUUAUCGCGUGCCGUCAGGAAAACGUUCCUCGCACUUUUAAAGAGAUCUGCGUGAUCACCAGGGUGCCCAAGAAAGAAAUCGGGCGUUGCUUCAAGACAUUGAUCCGUACCUUUGAAACAAAUGUGUCGACGAUGACGUCGGAGGAUUUGAUGUCACGUUUCUGUUCGAUGUUGAAUCUUCGAAUGGAGAUACAAAAGACAGCUAUCGUAUUAACCGCGAAGACGAAAGAGCUCGGAACACUUGCGGGAAAAUCACCUGUCUCUGUCGCCGCGGCUUGCAUCUAUAUGGCAUCAUGCCUCUACAACCAACCGCAAUCCACAAAGGAUGUAGCCCAGGUUACUGGCGUUUCUGAGGUGACCAUCAAGAAUUCGUAUAAGUUACUGUAUAAUGAGAAGAGAAGGCUCCUUGAAGGGAUGAAGCACAAUGUUGAUAAUUUGCCAUCACCGUGA